AGUUAUCUUCCUGUUUACCACUCGAUGUACUGAAGUUUAAUGAGAAGACCGGAACAGUGAUCCUCCGAGUUCCAAAGGACAAUUAUGCCAAGGUACGGGCUGCAUUAACGGUGUGCCCGUCCAUGAGAGUUGGCAUGGUCGACGUUCCUGUUAUUUAUACCACACAACAAGCCUCUUCCUGUCUUCUGUCCUUAGCUGGGCCGGAGCGUAGUAUUAUAUGAGCGCACUUGGUGUUAAGGAAGGGGAUUGCAACUAGAAGGACUGUGUGGUAUUUUGUGUUUUGUUAGCAAUACAGAAAUGUUUGAUUGUGUGAAAUGAAAUUGUUUGUUUUUCUUUUUGUAUAUUGAAAAAAGAUAAAGAGGAUUAUGUUGCUGUACUAUUUUUCACUCAUAGUAGAUUAUCAGACAUAAUUUUACAGUUUUGAUUAAUAAAAUUAUUUUUGAAA